GUUCCAUUGCGAAGUCAGCAAGUCACUUAAUCUUGCACUCACUAAAGUUGAGAUGGAUAGUUCAGGAAAUCCCUCAGCUAUGAAAGAAUAUGCGAACCAGGAAGCUGUAAGGACAUUCAUUCUCGGUCUAAACAGCAAAUAUACCAGCGGCACCCUCUAUAGCCACAAUCCGAAGGACUUAGAAACCGCUUACGCUAUCGCAAGUACGAUAUACCAUGAUAAUGUGAACUCACAAUUCGACGUUCCGCAAUACAGUCAGUACAGACAGUAUAAUACAUCGCAGUAUCAAAACCCAAGCAGAAGAUAUCACGAGGAACCACAAAUGUACAGACCUAACGUGAAGGUGCAAAACAAUCACACUGCACCCAGGCAACAGCACCAACCAUUGGACGUAGACCCAUCACAGCAAUACACGAGAUCCGCAAAUUAUAAUAGGAAUCAUUCCGCACCACAACAAAACAGCUAUGACCGUCAAAUGCAAGGACUACCGCCAAAUAAUCCAUUUCGUGGAGAUCCUCAAAAAAGAGAACGAAAUCGUUCAUCUCGUAAUUUCAACAUACAACAGAAAGUACAACGUGUAAACCAAACACGCGACGAAGAACUAAAAUCGCUUGCACCAGACUAUGAAAAUGAUGAAUAUGAAACAGGCAGUGCUUUUUUAGGCGCUUGACCGAUUUACCGUGUCGGCAACGCCACUGCAGGGAUACAGGCAAACUUAUUAACAUCCUGAUCGACAUUGGAGCAACAAACAAUUGUCACAUAAGCAUGGUAAAAUAAUGCUCCACUUCGCAUCCUAGAGAAUGGAUACAUUUUGACAGAUUACCAGCAUACUUGGAACAACAUGCAUAUAUCAGGCCCUAAAUUUAUACACUUUAAUGAAUCCACAAAUAUCGAUAAUAUCACGUAUUACAAUCAUCAACGACACCUCAAAGAAAUCAUACACAAUCAACAUAGCGAAAAAC